AUGAUAGAGGAUACAAUGACUUUGCUGUCUCUGCUGGGUCGGAUCAUGCGUUACUUCUUGCUUAGACCGGAGACCCUGUUCUUGCUGUGCAUCAGCCUGGCCCUGUGGAGUUAUUUCUUCCACACGGAUGAGGUGAAAACCAUUGUUAAGUCCAGCAGGGAUGCGGUGAAGAUGGUGAAGGGCAAGGUGGCCGAGAUCAUGCAGAAUGACAGGCUCGGGGGGCUAGACGUGCUGGACGCAGAGUUCUCCAAGACCUGGGAGUUCAAGAGCCACAACGUGGCUGUCUACUCUAUCCAAGGCCGGAGGGAUCACAUGGAGGACAGGUUCGAAGUAAUCACUGACCUGGUGAACAAGACUCACCCCUCCAUCUUCGGGAUAUUUGAUGGGCACGGAGGAGAGUCGGCAGCAGAAUAUGUGAAGUCCCGCCUGCCUGAAGUCCUGAAACAACAUCUUCAAGACUAUGAGAAGGACAAGGAGAACAGUGUGCUGUCUUACCAAACCAUCCUGGAACAGCAGAUUUUAUCAAUUGAUCGAGAAAUGCUGGAAAAAUUGACUGUAUCCUAUGAUGAAGCAGGUACAACUUGUUUGAUCGCACUGUUGUCAGAUAAAGAACUCACAGUGGCCAACGUUGGUGAUUCGCGAGGAGUCCUGUGUGACAAGGAUGGGAAUGCUAUCCCCUUGUCACACGAUCACAAGCCCUACCAGCUGAAAGAGAGGAAGAGGAUUAAAAGAGCUGGUGGUUUUAUCAGCUUUAACGGCUCCUGGCGUGUGCAGGGGAUCCUGGCCAUGUCCCGCUCGUUAGGAGAUUACCCUCUGAAGAACCUGAAUGUUGUCAUUCCUGACCCCGAUAUUCUUACCUUUGACCUGGACAAACUGCAGCCAGAGUUCAUGAUCUUGGCGUCGGAUGGUCUGUGGGAUGCCUUCAGCAACGAGGAAGCUGUCCGAUUCAUCAAGGAACGCUUGGAUGAACCGCACUUCGGUGCAAAGAGUAUAGUUCUACAGUCCUUUUACAGAGGAUGCCCUGAUAAUAUAACAGUGAUGGUGGUGAAGUUCAGGAAUAGCAGCAAAACAGAAGAACAGUAAUUAUUGUGGUUCUCUGCCUCACUCUGAACUUACUACAAACUCUUACAUUUUAAACAUAGUAGAAAGUAAAUACCGUUAAGAUUCUACACAAAAGGAACAGAUCCCUCUGGUCUUUGUUCUUUGCUUAACAAAAGGAGCAAUACAACAAAUACAUUCUGAGCGAUUAUAAGAAUUAAGUUUGUUCCCAUGUACCUGUCUCCUGUGACCUUGCUGCUCCUUAGAAACUAACUGUAAUCUUCCAUUUCAGAAUUUCCUUUACAAAUCCUGUGUAGAUUUUUCAUUUGAUUCCAUACCUCUCAUUGCUAACAGUCAAAGGUUUGAUCAGAGGCACAGCAGGGUCAGGGCAGUGCUGCUGCUUAAUAGCAAGCGAUAGGAACGAUGCUGCUUUUCACUCGUAGGUGUGACUUCAGAACGAUGCUGUCAUGUUUCUCAUCUCUUUUCAUUUUUAAUCUGCAGGGAUAAGGUUGUAUGAGAAAAGGUUUGCAAUUAUUAGCCUGCUAUUGAUAGGAAGGAGGAAGAGGAGCCAACUAUUAGCCUGCUACCACACAACUGACUCUCAUUUUGUUCAACCUCCCCCCUUAAAGAAAUCCCUGCUAAGCAUGUGAUUAGGUAUGGUUACCGAAUUACCUGCAGCCACGUUUAUUCAGUCUGUGCAUUACUCUAAUACCAUUUCUUCUAUGCCAUAUUGUAUUUAACCAACUAACGUUAAACUCCAGCAAAAUACUCUGAGGUCUGACACCUAUAUCAAAAAAUAGCUCUGUGGUGGUAGAAGAAAGUCUGUCAUUCACCAAGAUUCACCCAUACGUUAGUUUUUUGGCAUGGACUUUUCAUAGGCAUGUGAAGAAAGCAAUGCAAGAUAAAAUUAAUUUCGUUAGUGACUGUUUGGAAAACUAAUCAAAAGAGGGCAUUCCUUAGAGCUACCUAGAUGCAAGUCGAUCCUCUUAAAGACUUCCUUGUACCACUGCAGAUUAACUUGUGGUGUUAACCCAGGGGAAGACCACUUGAGAACCAUUUUUUGGUAUAAUGUAUAAAUGCCAGGCAGUGUCAUUGCACUGUAGAGAUGGCAGCUUGUGUUAAAUCUAGAUAAAAAUAUGUUUAGAUCUAACUUUCAGUAUUUAAUGUAUUUUGGAAUCUGUGUGACAGGACAAUGCCUGUUAGAGGAACAGCGCCAGGGCUGGAGUUGGAGGUUGGUGUUCUGGACGGCUUGCUUACUCGUAUCGUGUCUUAUAACAACCCUUGGGAUUCCCUCCCCACAAAAGGUGGUCCUGGGCGAUCUGCUGAAGUCUCUUGUCUUCAGGGUGAUGGAGGUUGUCAGUAUUUGGGUCCUGAGGUGAAUCAGGGAUGUAAUACAUUAAUGUUGUCUGGUU